GUUCAAGUAAGUUUUUAGAAUUUUUGUAUACACAUUAAACAUGAAAAAGUAAAACUCACAAGAGAUUAAUAAUAUCGAAUUAUUUCACAUCGUUUUGUUUAAAACUCAAACCCCGUGAUAUUCAGAACGGAAAUACAGAAUAUUGUCAAGUUUAAAAUAAAUGUUUUAUUUCUGAUAAUUAAUGUAAACCGUGUUUCCGAUUAGCUUAUCAAUUAUCAAUAUUGUUACCGACCAACGCUGACUAUCAAAUGUGCCGUUUGGUUCAACCGUCUUAAGUAAUUAAGUAACAUUAUAUUUAAUAGAAUUUCACGUAGUGAAUAUAUAAUAUGACUAUAUUAUGUAACUGUGGAUUCAAGUAGGUACUUUAAAGGAAAACUGAAAAAUUUGUAAAAUUCAAAAAAAUGAAUUUGUUUCCCUUAUUUUACAAAUAAUUACCUUGUUCGAGAAUUGUCAUAAAUUGAAUGAUAUAUAGUGAAAAUAACUCUUGCUGUUUUUGGAAAUGAGUAACUACGCUAUGGAAAUUGAUGUGGGAAAAUUAGGCAGUAAGAUGCCUAAAAUAGAAGACGUAAAAAAAGAACUACUAUACAACAUGAACGAACUUCUCGCUAGAGGACUCAAAACAAGUUUCCAAUGGUAUGUAUUUCAAUAUAAAUUUUAUCAUUUACUUUUGUAAAAACUAUUAAGGUUUUUUGUCACCAUCAGGUCUUCAGAUCUUCUGUUGUCAUUAGAGGUCGGAAAUAGUCCAAAACCUUUGCCAAAAAAAAUAGAGGGUUACAAAAGACCAAAAUUUAACCUCGGAAAAGUACCCAAACGUGUUACGCCCGUUAAAUCUACAGACAUAAAAUAUUCUGUUGAUCAAAUGUCAAUACCUUUUAAUGAAAUGGAACAAUAUAUUCAUGCCAGAGCCUGUUUCAACCUCAAAGAAUAUCAAAGGUAUUUAAAUCCAAUCAUUUUACAAUAGGUGCCUACUAAUCAUGUUCCUGAGAUCUUUUUCAGAGCAUCAUUUUGGUUGAAAAAUUGUCAUUCGAAAAUACCGUUGUUUCUAAGAUAUUAUUCAGACUAUUUAGCUGCUGACAGUAAUAUUAAAAAUAUUGGUAGUGAAGCAACAUCUUCUAUGUUUGACGAUUAUCAAUGUAGUUUAGAUAAACUAUCUAUGGAACUGACAACUUUAAAACAGGAAAAUAAAGCAGAUGGGUAUUUAUUAUAUUUACUUGGUAUUGUAUCUGUUAAAUUAGAACAGUACGAAGUAGCAGUUGAAACACUUCUGGAAUCCAUAGAAAAAGUACCACUCAAUUGGCACGCUUGGAUGCAACUUGGAGACCUCAUUGUAGAUAGAAUAAAGGUAAGUAAAUCAAAUUUUAAGAUAAUAAAACACAUUUUUUUAUAUAAGUGGAUACACUAACAUAAUAAAUUCAUUAAUUAUUACAGUUAUCAAAAUUGGAAUUACCCAAUCACUGGAUAAAAAAUUUUUUUUAUUGCCAAAAAUAUUUGGAUUUACAGCUAAAUGAACAAAUGUUAGGUGUGGCACAGUAUUUGAUUAAUUGUGGUUUCGCCGAUAGCAUAUUUCUUCUUUCUAGGAUAGCUGUUUGUUACCACAAUAAAAGAUGUCAGUAAAAUAUAAUAUUAUUGUACACUAUGAUUUUUAUUAAUAAUAAUUAUAAUUCAAAUGCGUUAUAGACAUUGAAAUAGGAAUACAAAAGUUCCAAGAACUCAUUGAAAUCGAACCAUGUCGACUAGAAAAUAUGGACACUUACUCACAUUUAUUGUAUGUGCAACAUCAGCGAGUGGAACUAGCCUAUCUUGCUCAGCGUGCUAUGAAAAUUGAUAAAUAUCGUGUAGAAACCUGUUGUAUACUUGGAAACUACUUUAGUCUUCACGGUGAACAUCAAAAAGCAAUGCGUUACUUCCAUCGGGCUCUGAAAUUAAAUCCUUUGUGUUUGGCUGCUUGGACGCUGCUCGGCCAAGAAUACAUGGAACUUAAAAAUUCUAAUGAUGCUAUACAGAGUUACAGUAAAGCUUUGGGUAUGUGCCAAUAAUAAAUAUCUUAACUAUUAAAUCCUUAGAUUAAUAUCCCUGUUUUUGAUUGGUUUAGAAAUAAAUAAAUAUGAGUAUAGAGCAUGGUACGGUUUGGGUCAAACCUUUGAAAUUCUGGGUAUGUUCAAACACAGCCUUCAUUUUUUUAAGCAAGCUCAACUGCUGAGACCUUUUGAUAGUCGUAUGAUAAUAGCCGUCGGUAAUGUGUAUGAGAAAUUGGGCAACAUGGAUAUGGCAUUUCAGAGCUAUUUAAAAGGACGAGCAAUGGGGGACGAUGAAAAACUUGGACUCAUAUACUUGGCAAAGUGAGUUAAAAUAUUUUUUGUAAAUUGUUUUAUACAUAUUAAAAAAAUUAUGAUAUUUUAGAUUGUACGUAGUAAUACAUAGACCAGACGAUGCUGCAAAAAUGUUUUUAGAAUAUAUUGAAGAACAUGGGCUAGAUGAACAAACACGUGAUCACAGUUAUGCUUACAUGUUUCUCGCAAACUACUAUCUGGCUCGUUUAAAUUACGAUCAGGCGUUUCACUACGCUCAAAAAUGUUUAAACUACACGGAAACCAAAGAAGAAGCUAAGGCGCUGUUAAAAACUAUUGUUCACGAAAGAUUACAUGUUGAGGUAGAUCAAACAAUGUGGGUGUCGAUAAACAGUGAUAAACAGUCUAAGACUGCGGAUUAUGAUAGGGAAAUACCUAAACAGUUGCAAAUGUUGUCGCUUUCUCAAAAAGCUGAAUUAAACCAAAAAGAAGAUGAUGAUAAUGAUGAUGACGACGAUAACAGUGAUGAUGAAGAACACUUGUGUAAUAGUAUAACAAUGUAUAUGGAUCUGUAACAUCUGUAUACAUUUCCGCCUUGUGGUACUUUUUUGUUCUUAAAGUUCAAAAAAUCUUUAAUUAUAUUAUAAGUGAUUGUAAAUAUAUA